UGUCAACUCUAGCACCGUUAACCAAAAAAAAAAAAAACCCGGAAGAAAACCCCAAUCUGACGAGCUGUUUUCAGAACCCUAACCCUAACAUUCAAUUCUCGUUUGGAAUUGGUUUGUGAUUAGGGAAUGGGAAAGAAGAAGAAGAGAGCGUCAGAUAAGGUUUGGUGCUAUUACUGUGAUAGGGAAUUUGAUGAUGAGAAGAUAUUGGUUCAGCACCAGAAAGCCAAACACUUCAAGUGCAAUUUUUGCCAUAGAAAGCUCUCCACUGCUAGCGGCAUGGCCAUUCACGUCCUUCAGGUUCACAAAGAGACUGUCAACAAGGUACCAAAUGCCAAAGCAGGCAGAGAAUCAACAGAUAUUGAAAUAUAUGGAAUGGAAGGAAUCCCACCGGAUGUGUUAGCUGCUCACUAUGGAGAGGAAGAGGAUGAGGCCCUGGCAAAGACUGCCAAAUUAGACAUCCUAUCAUCCCAGUAUGUUGGUGGUGUGCUUCCAGGAUCAUUAGCUGCCGGUUAUCCUCCCCAGGCAACUUUCGGCACAGUACCACCACUCUACAAUCCUGCUGUUCCAAUGCGUCCUGCCGGUUGGCCAGUUCCUCCUCGCCUCCAUCCUUGGUAUCCACAGUAUCCUGCUGUCAUGUUUCCACCUCCUGCACCUAUGGGUUUGCCGCAACAACCACUGUUUCCUGUGCAGAAUGUGAGGCCUCCAGUGCAAGCAACUGCACCGCCUAUACUUCAACCAUCACUACCUGUUGCUCCUCCAGGACUGCCAGUAUCUACCCCACCUGUUCCUGUGUCUCAACCAUUGUUUCCUGUGGUUCCUAACAACAAUUUUGUUCAAAGUUUGCCAAUGCUGACAGCAAAUGUGCCAUUAAGCUCACCUGCUGAAGUGAACAACUCAAUUGCCCCUAAAAUAGGAAACUGUUCUCCUUCAACCAUUGGCUAUCAGGUUCCAGCCCCAACAUUAGUAAAUUUACAUUCUUAUGCCUCUGGCCCUAAUACUGGUGGACCCUCAAUUGGACCACCUCCUGUAAUUACAAACAAAGCUCCAGCGUCAAAUGAGGUCUACUUGGUUUGGGAUGAUGACGCUAUGUCCAUGGAGGAAAGACGAAUGUCCUUGCCAAAGUACCAGGUGCAUGAUGAGACUAGCCAGAUGACCUCAAUAGAUGCAGCAAUAGACAGAAGAAUCUCAGAAAGCAGGCUUGCUGGGAGUAUGGCUUUCUAGACAUUAGCAACAUCUAGUGCUAUAGUUUUCCUUUGAUGCAGGGUGCUCGCAACUCCAGGAAUACUACUCUUUGCAUAUCAGUUUUGGAUGUAAAAUCCUUUUAAGAGCCGUUUAUUUUUACCCUGUAUUGGAGAAAGGAAGAUAGAAGGGGAACAUAUAUUUUUCUUUAGGGUGUGUUGGGUACAGAUC